AUGUUCUCAUCAUCUGCUUGCAAAAGUUUCUCUCGUAAUGUUUCACUUUCCAGAAGCACGAUUUUGAGAGGUAUCUCUAAAAACAAUACUAAACCAUCAUUCAUGGGAGAUGGUUGCUUGAAUCAUGCAGUGUUCGGAUGCAACCAAAAGAUGAUGAUGAGAAAUUCAACAAUGAUGAUGAAUGAAUUUGCAAAAUAUCAAAACGGAAUCAAAAGAUAUUUUCAUACUCAUCAUGGCUUACAAUUUUUCGAUUUAAAGAAGGUCAAAGAGACUCAAAGUAAAGAACAUUCGGAAUCUGAAAAGAUUGAACUUUUGGGGAAACUCAAAACUGCAGAAGAGCUACUCAAAAACAUUACCACACAAUUGGGUCCAGUGUUAGCAGCGAUGAAUGAAAAACCAGAACAAAAACUUCCAGCUGAAAUAGUAGAUUCCAUCUAUAAUUUAAUUAGAUUUUGUUUGGAAAUCAUUCCUGAUGUUCAUACACCUGUUUCUAAAGCGAAAUCUUUUUAUGAAUCCUCCGUCGGAAUGGGUAUUUUGAACAUUAGCAAACAAGCUCAACUAUUGGCAGCAAAAGGAAUAAUACAAGAAUGGUUUGAUAUGGAGUCGUUGAAAAAGUACAUCAGACCAGAAGAAUUGCGUGCAGAAACAGUUAUUUAUCCAGAAGGAGUUAUGGAUGACACGUUUCUAUUAUUCCAGAGCCAAGAAGCUCAAAUUUCCUAUAGUGCUUAUGUUUAUCCAGCAGGUGAUUUAUAUCCUUACAAUAGAUACAGUCUCAUUGGUAGCGCUUACUUUUUGUUUCUUCGAUUGAAAGACUGUCCAACCAUGACCAAUGCCGAAACUCUCAUGAACUACAUAAAGGAAGUUGUUAGAGAGUACAACAGAGUGAAACAGCUGUAUAUUUCAGCCAAGAAGCCUGAAAAAGAUAUUGACUACUCGACCACAAUCACCUAUGAUGCACAACGUAAUGCUUACUCCUAUUUGCGAAAAACUUAUACUGAAGAUGAAUUUGAUUGGUUUGAGGAUUUGGAAACCAACUUACCCAUUCAUUUGGGAGCAUUUAUCAAAGCCUGUGAAAUGGUGUCACAAAUCGACUUUAUUCCAGACAAAACCAAAGUAAUUUCAGCAUUGGACGAGUGCUUGCAAAUUAACCCAAACAAUCCAUAUAUUUUACAUAUGAAGGCCGCAUGUUAUCGGGCGCUUAAUACGGAGCCUUUGGAUGCAAAUAUGGUCGUAGAAAAUUAUUUGAAAGGAGUGGAGACUUGUGAUCAAGCUCUAGAAGUAAUGAAAAAAGCUAAAGUACAUUAUUUACAAAAAUUGGAAAAAACACGAUUAGAAGAAAAUGAGGUAACCUUGCUUCCAGAGAACGCACGAGUGAAUGAUCUUAAAUUCUAUCCAAUUCAUUAUUUGAAAGGUAUGCUUUUGCAUGCUACUGCUGAAUCAGAUCUGUCUCCUGAAUUUCGCCAUCAAUAUGGAUCCAAGGCUUUGGAAUGCUUUGCACAAGUAGAAUCAUUUUCAAGACUACCAUGUGAUUUCAAUUACUUGGUGUCAAAGGCUCAAGCAUAUUAUGCGUGUGAUAUGUUUGAACAAACUCUUGGCGUGCUAUCUCCCGUUGAGAAGUUCCAAGGUCUUGUAGACAAUUCAUCAAUCGUCACAGCCAUUGUUAUUGCUGCAAAUGCAAUGAUUUCACUAGGUUAUGCUGAUGUUUGCAUGGAAAAGCUUGAAGAAUAUAUUAAAACCUAUGACAAUGACCCUAGAUUAAGGUUUGAAAAAGUCAUGUGUAAAGAGUUCUUAUCUCGCUCCAAGGAUCACUACAGGGAUAUUGUUAAAGAAUAUAAGGAAUUAUUGGAAGAGACACAACAGUCUACCGAUCCCAACGUCCUUGCUGUUUCUCCCAUGAUUCAAACAAGAAUGCAAUAUUUACAAGAAGCUAUUGUCAACCCUGCCUAUGCAGAAAGAUGGUAA